CCUCAACAUAAAAUUCCUUGACGUCCCAUGUCCUCUCCACCUCACCUCCUCCUCCUCCGACAUUCACUUGGUUAAUGGGUACCUAGUAGUCAUCUAUGAUUGACUUCUUCCCUCCCCGCGAGGGCCGACAUCUCCAACUUCACAACUGCCUGAUCGAGCACUGAUCAAAGUCAGAACUCACCAUCUAUUCAGUUCUCACCAACCAUGUCCCUCGUUUACUACCUGGAACUCUUCGUCGGAGGCUACGUCGCAACCACCCUCGCCUUCUACGCUCUCUCCAUGGCUUCCCCGCUCGCAGGCUUCAUCGCCCGUCUCCUCGCCUCCUACAUCUCCCUCAUCAUCGCCGCUUCCUACGGGGUCUUCGUUUCCAUCGUCCUCCGUCUAGUAGGCUACCACCGCAUCGCACAAUGGGCCACAGCCCGCUUCUUCAAAGUCAUCAUGUACCUCACAACCGGCAUCUCCUUUACCAUCGAUGAUCCCCACAACUACCUCAACACGACCCGUCCCGCCGUCUUCAUCGGGAACCACCAAACCGAACUCGAUGUCCUGAUGCUGGGGUGGAUCUUCCCCCGCUACUGUAGUGUAACGGCCAAAAGUUCGCUAAAGAAGAUCCCGUUUCUGGGUUGGUUCAUGGCGCUUUCGGGAACGGUGUUUAUCAAUAGGAGCAAUUCGAAGGAUGCCAGGUCUGCGAUGGCGGGGGCGAGCAAGGAGAUUACGGGCAUGAGACAGAGUGUUUAUAUGUUUCCCGAGGGAACCAGAAGUUAUAGCAAAGAACCCGAAUUGCUGCCUUUCAAGAAGGGAGCUUUUCAUUUGGCGGUUCAGGCGGGAGUGCCGAUUGUGCCAGUGGUUGUGGCGAAUUAUUCGAAUGUUUUGUAUGUCAAGGGGUGGGUUUUUAAUUCGGGGGUGAUUCCUGUGAAGGGUAUGUUUCCUUUUUUCUCAUUUUCUGGAUGAUGGGACUAAUGGGUUUAGUUCUACCACCUAUUGAGACGAAGAAUUUGAAGUUCGAGGAUGUGGAAGAUCUGGCCCGCGAUACGAGGGAGUUGAUGUUAAAGGAGUUACACUCUCUUACAGCCAAAGCCCGCGGGAGUCCGAUUCAAAUGCCUUCAAGAAACGGCAACGGCAAUGGUGUUUUGAAGAAAUCAAACGGGGUCAAGGUAUCGUGAGGACCAAGUACGAUUUUUUCGAUGUAUUACCCGCGAGUUUCAGCUCGGCUAUUCAGGGGACUGGGAGGGGCCGAGAAGGAAGAAUAUAAUAGGAUAUUCGAGGACUAUUGGGAGAAUGUGGGCGUAGGUGGAGUGGAGAGGAGAUGAUAAUUAUACCCCCGUAGAGUUGGAGUUAGGGAGCAAGUGGCAGUGUGAGGAGGGAUCUGCUGGUUGACUUGACUGGUUUAGAGGGAGAUUCUAUUUUAGUGAGUUUUGAUAGAUGAGCAUAUCCAAGCUAAUUUCCAUGGGAAAGAAUAUCUGGUACCUUCAUUUUUUGCAUGAUGUGUUUUUGUUCUUUCGUGGUGUUCCCUCAGUACCUUCACAUCACUCAUUUCCUAUGCUCCCUUUUCUUGUUUUUUCCCAACGCCAAGUUUGUAAGUGGAUACAGCAACUCUCUUCCUCUGCAUAAACCCCUUCCCCCAUAACCAGCCUGCGCUUCUAAACCCCAGACUGACUCAGGACUUGUCAGAUAACUGAUAAACAACUUGAGAGUAUAUCAUCGUAGUAUAGCAUCGUCACUUACCUAAGAGCGAUGUGUUUCGUGCUUACACCAAUAAAUAGUAACCUUGGUACUUUAGUUUUAAAGAGCGAAAUCUCUCUUUACUUCCCAAUAGAUCUCUCGUAAUUGUAAGAUAUACCAUUGUGGAGAUAAAGAGAUGUUGUGUUGGUUGCUGUCCGCUGGAGAAGAUUUCCUUGGUUAUGGCGUGGAAAGCUUGGUUGUUGGUAGAGCUCCGUCUAGGUCAAGAUCUUCCUCACCUGUCUUUCUUCUGUCUUCUUUCUCUUAUUCAUGCGAGGCUUUUUCUUGGUUGUUUUGUUUUUCAAUCUGGUAUUGGAGGUUGCCAGUCAAGAAAGAGCCAUUAUCAGAGCGUACAUCAGAUAAGAAGGAAGGCUCAAGCACCCCAGAACCGUUAAACCAUGUAUGUUGGCUAUUACAGUACCGUCUUUCCAUAGCUUGCCAGGAGAAGAUUUGGACGCUUUCUUGCGAUGCGCAUGUGCGAGAGCACAGUCUGAAUUUCCAGACAAGGAAGGAAGAAAUUAAAGAAACAAACGGGCUUGACUUGUCAUCAUCUUCGACUGUAAGGGCUCAGCCAGAAUGCACGUUCAAUCCAUGGCGAAGGAAGAUUGAGAAAGAUGGAUGUUUGAUCUCGAUGCCAAAAGAAGAUUGAGAGAGAUGCGUGUUCUGUCCAUGCUAAUGGAAGACUGAGGUAGCAUAGAGAAGCUCAAUGAAUUACUAAGGAAAGGGGCAGGAUUCUUUUGCUGUCGGGUUGAGUCUUGUUGUCGAUUUUUUUUGUUCGUUUGUGUGUGUGUAUGCAUGAGGGGUUUUAACGGGGGUUGAGUGGAGUGUGGUGGAUUGAGGGGGUUUGUAUGGCUGGGAGGUGGUGAGUUGGUACUAAUUGUGUAGAUGUGAUGUUCUGAACGACUCCAGAAUAUUCUGCUGCUGUUCUAGUGCCAUCGCUUGUAGCUGUUUGUUCCUCGUUCAACGAAUAUGGUGUUUUAUAGUGAUGUGGAAGGGUGAGAAGGGGGAUUCAGGGGUAUGUUGGGUGUGUGAUGAUAUUGCUUCUUUGUGUAGUUGCUGCAAGUGUUGUUUUCUGAAAUUUGUGGUUCAUCGGUUCGUAGUUUGUUUAUUGGAUUAGGGGGUUUUUAUCAAGGUGGCGGUGUUUGUGUGAUGAGGAGGUGUUGUUGGGUGGAUGAGAUGGAGGUGGUGGUAUGGUGUUUGGUUCUCUUGGUUGGGGGAUUUUGAGGCGAGGUGGAUGAGAGGGAGGUAGUGGUAUGGUGUUUGGUUCUCUUGGUUGGGGGAUUUUGAGGCGAGGUUUCGAGGAGAUGAGGCUGAGGUUUUCUUUGCUUUUGUUAUGUUUGUAUGUGUAGUCUUUCGUAACACUGUGGUUUACCGCAUGAGAAUUUGUAUCUUUGAAGGCUGAUGGAGAAUGAAAUUUUGGGGGUUCUUUUGAUAUAUCCUUUCCUAGAGUACUUCCCAGACCAAUAGCCCUUACGACGUCCCAGAAUCAGAAUCAGAAGUGAGAAAAAGGAACGACGAUCCGAAAAACCGGUAUAUUACUUUCUUCUUCCUACUCAUCAGCUAUAAAAGCUACUCACUACACCAAAAAAACAAGACCUAUCAGCGGGGAAUCAGAGACCGCAGAUUGCAAUUGACAGAGCGUGGAACCACUUGCACAAUUCUCAAUAUCCUCUUGAUCUCACUGCUUUAGUGGGAGUCCGUUUACUUCAAAUACAUAGCACUUUCCCUUAAUGUAGUCCUCUUGCUCGUUUCCAGAAAUCUACGUACGGAAUCUGUUACUGUCGAAUUUUAAUUUGUUGUCGAAUUGUUCCUGGAGAUUUCUCUGCGUUUUUUGUUGGCUGAUGUAUGUUCGGACAAACAUUUCAUAUUCUGAUUUUGCAGUGUAGGUAGGUUUGACUCCUUACUGGGCUUCGGACUAAGAGAUUCAAAGUAAAUGUUCCAAAGACGCAGGAAAAUUUGGACAAAACACAGGCUAUUUGAGGUUCUGGUGUUUUUGUAAGUGUUGGCCGUGGUAUAUAUAUAUGAAUAUGACGAGUGAGUUGGUAUCGAGAUUGAUAUCAGGUAGAGUCUAAGAAGAGAGUGUUGAGAGGUGUUCGAGGUCGAGAUACUGGCUGCUAUAUGCCAUUACAACAUGGCUUUUUGUUGCGUAAUGGGAAGUCUCGUUGAGAUAUUAAGACGGGAAUUGGUGCUUUUGGGAAGGAUGGUUGCGGGAAGAAAAGGUUGGGUUGUGUUUGGGACCGUGAAGUGAGGAUUUUUUUUGGCGGGGAAUGAAGUAUGGUGGGGUCAGGGUUGGAGGAUGGUAUCGAGGGGUUUGAAGUGUUAUGUGUAUAAACAUAUUUGAAAAGAAAUGAGGAGUUGUGAUAGCGCUUGGAAGAAAAACGAGGUACAUAAACCACAGCUCCUACCUUCGUAGGGGAGUUUUCAAUUACCCUAAUCUUUUCUACCCGAAACAUAUAGUGAGUUUCUAUUCCUGUCCAAUUUAUAUAUUCUUUGUAAUACUAUUAUAUAACUCCCAUGCCAGGACCAUGAGAAUGUAUCAAGCGUAAGUACUGAGCCUUAUUUAUACCAAGGACUAGCAAGUAGUGACAUUGUGUUGUUAUAUAUCAAAGGUAUAGUUCUGUUUAAAAGGAGUAUUUCCUAUGCUAAAGUUGAUUCUCUGCCGCUUUCAAUUUGUCGCUGCCUCGUUGCUUUGAGGGGCAUCUCGCUUACGUAGCAAAACAACCAAAAAGGAUCAAGAACCCCCCCCUCCUCCCCUUCAAAAAAAAACAUCAACAGUCCAACUAGCACAACCAAUAAUCCUAUAACCUUAGGCUAGGACCACCUCUCUAUCCACUAGUAGAUAGAGACUUACCUCAACUUAUCCCGCAGGAUGAGAGACAUACGACUAUCGAUGCCACCAGCGACGUUGCUGUUCGUUGUACCAGUCUCUCAAAGACAUACAACGCCAAGCGGCGAUGGUAUUUUCCAUUUUUAAAAAAGGGGAAGUCCGUCAAGGCUGUCGAUAGUCUAAACUUAGAGGUCAAGAAAGGGUCUGUUACAUUCUUGCUCGGUCCUAACGGUGGUGGUAAUACUACAACCUUGAAAUGUAUCGCCGGAAUGACAACGAUGGACAAUGGAUCCCAGCUGGAACUUAAUGAAGCUGGUCUAGUGUUUGGAAUCUGCCCCCAAAACAACGUAAGUGAUGACUGAUAUGUAUCCCUCGUUGACUGCACAUACUAACCUUUUUAGGUCUUUUGGGAUGAGCUGAGUGUCCAAGAGCACAUUCAAAUCUGGAGAAAAUUGAAAACCGCGGCAGUCGACGACCUGACUGCUGACAACGACGACGUAAUUAUGGAAUGGGACUUAUUGGAAAAGACAAGUGCUCGAGCCAAGACUCUCAGUGGUGGGCAAAUGAGAAAACUUCAACUUGCCAUUGCGUUCGUGGGAGGCUCGAAAGUAGUUGCAAUCGAUGAGGCAUCUUCUGGUUUGGUACGUAAUAAACUUUUCCCACAAACAACAUGCGAGAUCCUCGGAAAUAACUGCUUCUGAUCUCUGACAUGGAUUGGGGAAACCAGAAACAUUGUUUCUGCCAAAGUAUGUUGGGUAUCAGUGGUGGUCAUAUGAGAGUAUUCAAGACAGAAGAUUGCUAGAGACUAGUAUCUCCUAUGGCAGCUUUGAGCGAUGCUAACAAUUCCGAAGGAUCCAUUGUCCCGCCGUAAUAUCUGGAACAUUAUUCAAAAGGGACAUGCUCGUCGUAGCGUUCUUGUCACCACACACUUUCUGGACGAAGCCGACGUCUUGGCUGAUCACAUCGCUAUCGUCUAGAAAGGCAAGCUUGCUUGUGAAGGACCUGCACCCUCAUUGAAAGCAACCUUUGGCGAGAAAUACUUGAUUCGCAGCAACGAAGAAUCCGAUGGCGAAACUGAAGUUCACCAAGCAUCUAAUUCGGCUGACGCAACCAAAAUGGUCCAGGAGCUAGAAAGAGCGACAAACAAUACUUACAGCUGUUCUUACCCGACAUUAGAGCAGGUAUUCUUGAAUGUCACAUCUGAAUCGAGUGCGGCAAUUCGUCAAGCUGGCGGUGAUGGUAUUAUCGGUGAUGGUAUUAUCGGUGAUGGUAUUAUCGGUGAUGGCGUCGCUUCUUCUACGACCGAGAAAGAAGAACCUGAAAAUGUCGACCACAGCAAAUCACCGGAUCUUGCUCUAGACGUAGGCCAAUCCAUCGGUUUCUUACACCAAGUAAAGGCACUACUCGGAAAACGUUACGCCCUUCUCACUCAAAAGGCUGGUUGGAUAUCUUACGGAAUCAAUCUAAUUAUCCCGAUAAUUAUCGCCGCAGCCGUUGCGAAAUAUGUCUUGAAAUAUGAGCCAAUUCAAACUUGCGCUACCAAUGGCGAACUUCUCCGCAAUGCAUCGCGUUCACAAUCUUCCACACACUCGUAUUCAGACUCGGAAACUAACCAAAGAUUUGGGCCUCUAACGGAUUUUUACUCCCCAAGUCUUUACAAUACUCGCAAUAGUCCAGUUGCACUCUUAGGUCCCGCUGCCCAAUUUUCUGGCGACGUACAGAAUGAAUUAUACGUCAAUGGCAUUAAUACAUUCGCAUUGUCCUCUUACACGAAUAGCUCCCCCAGCUCGUCCAGUCAGCUUGGUAAUCGCGUGCUUGUGAAUUCUAGCGAAGCACUAGUAGCGCGCCUAGGCCUCGUCCUCGUCCUACCGGUCAAGUAGUGAUAUUGCAGUGCCCAUCUGGGCCCCAACCCCGCAAACGGCUGUUUUAUUUUACGAUACAGCAGAGGACAUUUCUGGCUUGUCAGCCAAUAUUAUUGGAUUCAACUACCUCACCUACCGAAUCGCAGAUGCUACCAAUCCACCUGGGGGUGCAAAGAUGGUUGUUGCUUAUCUCCGGACAAUGCGGACCCCUGCAAAUGUUGUCAAUGGAUUCGCGAUGCCCCUCUCAGCUCUCAUUGUGAUUGCAUUUAUCGGAUGCACCAGCAUAUCAGUCAUAUAUCCUGUCUACGAGAGAGUAAUGAGAGUGCGAGCUCUUCAAUUCUGCAACGGUGUUUCGCCAGCUGCUCUCUGGGUUGCGUACUUGCUAUUUGAUAUGCAAUUCAUCUUCAUUCAAGCCAUCUUCGUUUACGGAUUACUGUAUGCUUCGGUCCCGCAUGUUUAUUAUCAAGGAAGCUACAUCUUCGGAGCAUUUAUUCUCUUCGGAAUCGCGACAUAUCUCGGCUGCUACUUAUUUUCACUUUUCGUCAAGAAAGCCGCUUUUGCUAUUGCAGCUGGAGUGCACGUUCUGUUAUUUAUUUGCUACUUGCUAGGCUAUGCAGGCGCGCAAUCAACAGCCUGGCCUAAAUUGUAUGAGACGUACUCGGCUCUUCAAUAUGGUCUAGGUUUGACCUCACCGGCCGCAAACCUCGCAAGAGCGCUGUGGGUGGCUACCAACAGUUUUGAGAUUCUCUGUGGAAAGUACGGCGAUGCCGAUGUCUCGAGUCCGUUUGCCUACGUUCGAUAUGGAAGUGUGUAUUGCAACCUUAUCCUCCAAAUCCUGUUCCUCACUGCCAUGCUCGUCAUCCACGAAUACGGAAGUGCAGACUGGAUUCGUCGGAACAUCACACAAAGGGGACUGCCACCACACUUGAGCUACAUCGUGGAAUCCUCCAACUCAGAAGCUCUCGCGGACCUGAAGAAAACAGGCUCCUCCACCACAUCUCCGGCCGAAGAAAUCCUCGCAGUCUCACACUUAACGAAGUACUUCAAUAAACUUUCUGCGGUAGAAGACGCUUCCUUUUCAAUCAACUCCAAUUCUACCCUCGCCCUCCUAGGCGGCAACGGUGCCGGAAAAACAACAGUAAUCAACAUGAUCCGCGGCUCCUAAUCCCCAACUUCGGCUCCAUCACACUAGACAACAUCAAUGUCCUCACAGCCGGUCAAAAAGCCCGAGUUCACAUGGGAGUAUGUCCCCAAGACGACGCGAUCGACAAUUUGACUGUCUACCAAACCCUCCGUUUCUACGGGUGCGUUAAAGGACUCAAGAACGUAGAAGGUAACGUAGACAAGGUCCUCGAGGCGCUGAAGAUUACCACUUUCCGCAACUAUACUGUUGCUGCCUUGUCCGGUGGCACGAGAAGAAAAUUAUCGGUUGCCAUCGCACUUCUCGGUAACCCAAGGGUCCUAUUACUCGAUGAGCCAUCAACCGGUCAAGACGCAGGAGCAAAACGCAUCCUCUGGAAAACCCUGAAAGACGUAUCUGCCAACCGAGCCAUCCUCCUCACAACCCACUCCAUGGAAGAAGCGGAAGCAUUAGCUACAGGCGUGGCAACCAUGGGCACCAAAAUGCUAGCCAAAGGCACACUCUCCGAACUGCAAGUCGAGUACGGUGGUAUGUACAUGGUUCGAGCCGUCCGAGAACCAGGUACCAAUGCCAGCAAGGUUGAAGAAAUCGUUCGCGAGACCUUCUCGGGAGUUAGGAAUUAUCAAGAUGGUUGCGGACAGAUCAGUUUCAACCUUCCUUUUGAGAAGGAGGAACUUGGAUCUAUUAUGCGACGCAUGGAGGGCUUGAAGGGAGAGGGCGUUGAUGUUCAAGUUGGUGCGAGGGUUAUUAGUGAUUAUACUAUUAAUAGUCCUUCGCUUGAAGAGGUGUUCAUGAAUGUUGCUAGGGAAGCGGGUGCUACUGUUGGGGUUUGA